AUGAGCACGGGAAAGUCUUCGGCCGUGCGCCGUGCGGCCGCAAGCGACUUUAGCACAAUGCCGCCGACACAGGAUCUUCGUCACUUUGAUCCCUGCGCAGCAACUGGGUCUAUGUUUCUCUAUGCUCAGGGCACUUCGAUUGUCUGCUGCCACCACGACACGUUAACCAUCGAGAGGAGAUUCUCCAACCAUUCUGAAGAGGUCCAACUCCUGGCAGUCGACAAUCAAAGUGAGACGGGAAGUGGACGAUUCGUCGUCAGCUACGAUGCUGGCCAAACGGCCAUUGUAUGGGACUUGAUGACAGGAGACGAAAUCACCCGAUUUGCGUCGUAUAGCCACCUCACUGCUGCGGCGUUCAUGCCCAACGGCAGUGUCGCAUUUGGUAAUUCGCAGGGAAGCGUCGUGCUUUUUGAGCCGCAAACAUCGGAGCACGUCUCAUCAAGGACCCUGGAUCAGAUCGCUAUCACGUCAAUUGCUCCGUCUUCUGACUGCAGGACAUUUGCCCUUGGCUAUCAAAAUGGUUCCCUGCUUAUUGCCACCCUUCAGCCUCGAUUCAGCAUUCUUCACAACCUCGCUACAUCGAGGACGCCUUCGCCUAUCGUCACACUGGCCUGGCAUGCAUCCUCAUCUCGCCAAAAAUCCGACAUGCUCGCAACCCAAACAUAUAGCGGGGACCUCCGCGUCUGGAGCGUCUCCAAGCCCUACUCGGCUGAUGAGCCCGCCAAAGUCGUCAGGAUCCUUAAGCGGUCAGACAGCAUUUCAGACGGACCCAACUGGAUGGGAUGGUCCAAGAACGGUCGCAUCAUUCAGUUUUCUGACGGCCAAACUCUCUCGUGGGACGUGAGAACUAAGCAUAUCACUUCUGACAACAUCCCCACUCUCGAUAAAGUAAAGGGACUUGCCCUCUGGGGGCCUGGGGCCAGCCUCUUUACCCUGGGCAUGAACAACACCCUACAACAGUUCGACCUCAACUCUCCGUCUAUCAUGGUGGCCAACGUUCAGCACCCGGCCAAUCUGUUGCCACCUUCGCCUCCCAACUCAAUCGAAGAGGUUGGCAUGAAGUCAGCCCACUCUACUACUACCACUAUCCAGACGACGUCCGAGUCGGAGAGCUCUGCGCCCAACAUUUCCGAGAGUGAUGAGGACCAUAUGCCGGCAAUUGCCCGCUUCAACCGUCGACCCGGCCCGGACUCGGGCACUGAGUCAUACGAAUCAUACAGCCCCGGCUCAAGCAGGAGCGGACUUUCUUCACGGUCAAGGUCUUCUGCAGCUUCGCGAACUCCGGGACGCUCUCUGGCAUCUGGGCCCAAGAGUGACUACACGUACAUAUCUGCCGGAACUCCCAUCAGCCAGUCUACCAUCGGUCAGAGGCGAGAGGCGGAUAACUACUCCAUGGGCUACUCGAUUGGCUCUUCUAGCGUCACAUCCGCAUCCUCGGUGUCGCAUUCCGGGCGCAGGCCUUCCCGCCUGCGUCACGAGGUACCUAGGAGCCCGGAUGACAACAGGGUUCAUGAUCUCUUCAAAUUUACAAGAACUCGUCUGAGCGACGUGCCUUACAAAGCCCCGUCCAAACCAGACAAUGUCCGCCUCACAAACGAUGACCUUCGCCGUCAGAUGCUGAGCACCAUCUUCGGGUGGGAUUCCGAUAUCAAGGAGCUCAUCGUCGAUGAGAUGAACCGCCAUCCCACCGGCUCUUCCAGCCGCAUUCUCCUAGCCAAGUGGCUGGGGAACAUGGAGAUUGACAUAAUGUCAGCCAGCACCGAGAACAUGACAUCGUCAGACUGGAUGCUUCUAGCCCUAAGCGGAAUUGGCGGCCACGCCUCGCAGCACAAGCUCGGGCGUACCUACGUACAGCGUCUUCUGGAGACGGGAGAUGUGCACGUCGCAGUGACCAUUAUGCUGGGAAUGGGAGACCACAAUGACGCCAUUGAGGUGUACAUCUCCCACAAGCGUUACAUGGAGGCUCUCAUUCUAGCCUGCCUGUGUCUACCCGGCGUAUGGGAGCGCCAGGCUGCCAUACUUCGCAAGUGGGGUGAGUGGGCUGUCCAGCACCACCAGCAGCAGCUUGCCAUCAGAUGUUUUGCCUGCACCGACCAGGAGCCCACCGAGAUGUGGACAUCACCUUCGGCCCAGCAGCUCAACUUUACCAAUAUCACGCCCAGCAUUCCAGAAGUCCUCAGUCCUCCCCUGUCCCCACCGGGAGUUCAGCGUGGUCCUCAGCGCAGCGUUGGCAAGAAUUCGGCCCUGAAACUUAUCACUUCCUUUGGAGACCACUCUCAAAAGGCCAAAUUCUACUCCCAGAGCGACGACAUGCAGACCCCAAUCGCUGCCGGAGUCACACCCAUCGCCGAGUCGGCUGUUUCUCCUGGUGGCUCUUAUGACGCUGCCACUGCCUUCCUGCGCCCUUCGAACAACAGCAGGUUCAACACUCCUGUCUCCGCCAGGGGCAGGGCUCGGCUGCCAUCGAUUGGCGAGAUCCCACAAGACCUCAACAGGGAGACUCUCAGGGGCAAAGCCGGCCACUCCCGCGCCGCCUCUGGCAGCCACAGCAACCUCUCGAUAGGCCAGUCCCUGCAGCGUGCGGCUACGGCGAGCCCUAUGAUGAUGACGAGCGACCCCCCGCCACCUCCCGGCAGCGCAUUCCUCAACAGGAUGGAAGAAUUCCGCACCAAGAGUCGCAAUGGAUCUCGUGACCGCAUCCCUCUCGGUGUUAACCUGGAGCUGCACACUGAGCAUGGUACACCGGCCGAUGUCACCUCUCCGGAUCAGUCAGUGGCCUCGUCUACACGGUACCACUGGCCGACCAGGCGCCGUGGUGCGGGCUCCAUAGCGGGCUCCCUGACUUCGGCCUCGAGUGCCGGGAGGAGCAUGCGCAGCAACGUGAGGAGCAAGGAGGACUACAUCCACAGUCUCGACACGGCGCAGCGCUACUCCAAGAAGAAGAACAGCAGCCGUCAUCGGAGCAGGAGCCGCAACGGAAGCCGCAGCCGCGAGAGGCGGCCGGGGUCCCGAGAGCGGUCCGAAGACCGUGGCCGUAGCACCAAUUGGCAGAGUUCUGCCAAGAGGUCUCCGACCUCUCCGGUCCCAAUGUCUCCCGAAGACCUUGCCAACCUCAGCACGCCACGCUUCUCCGAGGUUGGGACGGAACCUUCAACGGUUCGCAAGGCCAGGUCCAAGCAGAAGAGCCGCAACUCGAGCCGCGGCAGCCGUAACCGCCACAACAGCCCGGACUCCGCCAAGCCACGCCCUCUUGCUCUGGACACGACGCGGGGUCGCGGUAGCGCACAGGAAAGUUCUUUCCAGCGGUCCCCGUCUUCUCCCCUGCCUCGGUCGGCCUCGGCUGCCCACUACCAGGGAUCCGAGGACGAGGAAGACUACCAGAGGGCCAUCCAGGCGCAGGAGAUGUUCAGGGCCAGGCAUCAGUCCAGCCGUGGUGUCACCUCGCCCAUUGUUGGAAACGAUGAGCCCAGCAGUGGCUCGCGUCUCAGGGCGGCUUCGGAGUCCAAGGAGCUCCAUGCUCUGACCGUUGCCUCGCUGGCUACUCACUCACGAGCCACGUCGACAGAGCAUGCGGGCGAUCUGCGUCGUAUGAAGGAUGAGAGACAGCUCAAGAAGGAGCAGGCCGCCAGGGAGCUUGAAGAGCGUCGCAAGUCGCUAGCCCAGCGUUCGCGUGCACCCGCCAUCCCGAACCCUUCGGAUCAGCUGCAUGUCUUGCCCCUGCGCAUCGGCGUCGAGAUGGCGGAGCCCGCAUGGAAUGAGGAUCUGCCUCCGCGAAGUGCGACGGAACCCCCGCCCCAGGGCAUGUACGCCAGGGGCGGCCCCAAUGUCGGCCUGCCCGCAACCCCCAAGGCAAUGCGUCUUAUCAUAGGUUCGGACGAUGAUGCGCUCAACAUGGCCCAAGAGCAGAAUGCAAACCUACCCGGCGUGCCACCGAUCCCGGCCACAUUUGCCCAGCGACACUCGCCCAAGGUGUCGCCGAAUGCAUCUGAGGAGGAACGGGAGAAGAAAGAUGAGCCUGCUCCCCUUACUCUCCUCCCCUCGACCGUGUACCAGCCACCUCCCAGGCUGGGUAUCCCCCGAAGCAUGUCGGCCCCCAUCCCUCAAGAUGGCCAGGACCCUAGGCACGCACGCAGACACGGAAGCGGGCACUCGAGGAAUGCACCAGGCCGCCGCCCGUCGCAGGGCGAGCAAGGCAUUCCACCGCCGCCGCCACCUCCGCCGGCACCCCCCAUGCUCAAGGAGCUCCAGCACCUCGCGACUCCUCCUCCCCCACCACCGGCUCCUCUCCCCCCUCAUUUCAGGAGGGGAAACAGCCAGCCGAGCGGCCUCUCGGCCGGCACAAUUGAGAUUGUCAUGGACGAUGAUGAUUCCGCCCCGGUCGCCGUCCCUAGCGACGGUACGGUUCCCGUGAUUGCACCGCCGGCACCACCCGCAUCCCGAGGCCACAGCAGGGGCCGGAGCAACGGUGGCGACAGCAAUGCCAAGUUCUCUGACCGGAUCUCCAAGGCCACAGAGCGUCUCCGUUCUGCUAGUCGUGGACGAAGGGAGGCCCAGAGGGUGACAAAGGUAGAUGCGGCGCCUUAUGAGAGCGUCCCUAUGCCCCCUCAGCCGCCGAAGACGGCACCCCCUAUCCAUUACGACCCGGAUGUCGUCCGCUCUCCCGUCGAGGGCCACGGGCUGUCCCACCGAUCCACCGGGCUGAGCCUUGACGAGAGGUUUUAA